AUGGUGAAUUAUUUUCCAGGUAAAAUCAACAUGGCUCCAGCUGCUAAACAACAGGUUAGUGAAGUUCUCUGGAGUUAGUUAUUCGAACAGAGAAGGAGUAAUCCGGAGUUUGAAUAAUUUAAUUGAGAAGGAGAUCUUCUCUUCGUUAUACCGUGUGUAAAUGUCGAGUACACUUUCUCAAUUGACUGUUCAACGCCACUCUGGAUUCUCAAUGUUCCAGUUGCCUAAUACAUCUAUCUCAAUUUAUUCAGGCUUCUAAGAAAAAUGCCGAGAACAUCAACUCUCGUCUUUCCAUGGUUAUGAAGACCGGAAAGUACGUCUUGGGAUACAAACAAACCCUCAAGUCACUCCUCAACGGAAAGGCCAAGCUUGUUAUCCUCGCUAACAACACUCCACCACUCAGGUUUGUUUGGAAGAUGCCAUCUCUGUUCACGAAUCUUGAUUUACAGAAAGUCUGAAAUCGAAUACUACGCCAUGCUCGCUAAGACUGGAGUCCACCACUACAAUGGAAACAACAUUGAGCUCGGAACCGCCUGUGGUCGUCUUUUCCGUGUCUGCACACUCGCUGUCACUGAGGCCGGAGAUUCCGAUAUCGUUCUCAGUGUUCCAUCUGAAUCAGCAUAA